AUGGAGGUUGCGGAACGAGUUUCCCUUAAGGCGGAUUCGACCAAAUCGCAUUCAAGUAUAUCACUGGGGGACUAUCAUCUGGGAGACACACAACAGGCGUCUGCGGAUGGCUUCGAGAUUAUGACCAAUGUAGUGUGGGCAGAAAUCGGUAGGGCAAUAAUGGAUGAACUUGGUACUGUUGUAUUCGCCGGGAAACCCAAACGAAUUUCGCAGGGCGUGGAUGUAUUUGUAACGGCACAGGCCGCUGACGUUUUCAUUGCAAUUGCUUCGUGCUGGAGUGCCGAAGGCUACAUUCCCGACCUUGCGCAUCGCUUUUGGAAAUUUACUCUUCAGCUCCUAAGCAGGUAUCGGGAAUGGCUGGAAAGCUCAUUGCCGCCUGCGGGAGGGUCUCCAGUGAAACUUGCCGCUAACAUUACGAAUGAAAAGAUUUCAGCAAUUGUCAACCAUCCGAGAUCUUCAACACCCGGGCCUACUCCAGAAGCGACCACUAUUGAAAACACGGCUGCAGAUGAGAUCUUACUAAGACAGUUUGCAACUGCUCUCGUUGAUAUUCGGGCGAUGAUAAACCAAGUCUUGCAUUUGUGGAGAGAAGAGAUUAGCAUGAUGCUUCCCGACACGUCAACGGAAGACAAUGCGGAGGAGGUGCUCGAAGUCGCUCUGAGGACCCAGCUCGGGCAGCUCAGCGCUCUUUCUACAUCAUUGUGCAGCCAGGCUACAACCAUAUUAUCCAGGCGGUGUUGCGAUUCUCUGUUGCCCGUUCGGUCUAUUCCUUCGCAGUUCAGAGCAAUGUCCAACAAACGUUUGCCCUCCGAAGCAAGUUACUUCGUACCCACCAUCCUUCGUCCGGUAAAGAGCUUCUUCGGAAUCAGCACUGGCGGCGGUCCUGGGGGACGCCUCAAGGAGGAAAUGUUGAGGGAUGUCUCGACUGAUGUAGUGGAAAGUGUCUGCCAGCGGUACAUACAGUACUUGACUGCGAUGAAGAAGACCGAGGAAUCCCUACGACGGCUGAAGAAAGGGAAAAAGUCGACAUUAUCUAUCUUCGGAUCCACUGCUGGAAAAGAUGACGGAAAGGAUGAGGAACGCAUCCGUGCGCAGAUGAUACUCGACGUCGAAGCGUUCAAGACAGAAGGCGAGGCCCUAGGAGUUGAUUUGCAAUCCAUGGACAGUUUCAUAGUCCUGGAUCAGAUGGUCCGAGCCGAGCUGGCUGAUGGUGAUCUCUAA